AUGAAUGUAUUAGAUGAGAAUAUUUUAAUUGAAGUUAAUAAGCUGCAAAAGCUAAAACAAUCAUGGAUCAACGAAAAAUCAACACCCGAUAUAUUACCGUAUAGAAGAGAGUUGGUCUCGGAUAUCAUGGAGGAGAUCCAAACAAAAGAAGAACUUUGUACAUCUGAUAUUAAGAAUCCUGCAAUGCAGUUCACAGCCAAUAUAUAUGAAAUGGAGAUUGAAAGAUUAAAAUAUUUAAUAAAAUCUUAUCUAAGAACAAGAUUACAAAAGAAACUCUUUAUAGAUCAAUCACCUUUUGUUGAUGGUUUUAUAUUUUGUUCGCCAGCUGAAAAUAUUGGUACAGUUCAAAUGGAUGAGUAUCUCUAUCUUUUCAUUAGUGGAAAACGCUCAAUGAUUUUAUAUAGUCAAUAUAUUAAUAACUUAUUAUUACAUAUACACUCUUAUCAAUGA